CCACUCGCGCUGCCUCGGCCCUGACGCGGGUAGUUCCCGCGGCUCUGUCUCGCUGCUUCUCCGCCUCGGAGUCUCGCCGCCCGCGCUGCCUUGCCAUGGAGCCCCGCAAGCAAGUGGUCAACUUCGGGCCCGGGCCCGCUAAGCUGCCGCGCUCGGUAUUGUUAGAGAUACAAAAACAGUUACUAGACUACAAAGGACUUGGCAUUAGUGUUCUUGAAAUGAGUCACAGAUCUUCAGAUUUUGCCAAGAUUAUUAACAACACAGAGAAUCUUGUGAGAGAAUUGCUAGCUGUUCCCGACAACUACAAGGUGAUCUUUGUGCAAGGAGGUGGGUCUGGCCAGUUUAGUGCUGUCCCCUUAAAUCUGAUUGGCCUGAAAGCUGGAAGGUGUGCCGACUACGUGGUGACUGGAGCUUGGUCAGCUAAGGCUGCGGAAGAAGCCAAGAAGUUUGGGACUGUGAAUGUCGUCCACCCUAAGCUUUCAAGUUAUACAAAAAUUCCAGACCCAAGCACCUGGAACCUCAAUCCGGAAGCCUCCUAUGUAUACUUCUGUGCAAAUGAGACCGUGCAUGGGGUGGAGUUUGAUUUCAUACCUGACGUCAAGGGAGCAGUUCUGGUUUGUGACAUGUCCUCAAACUUCUUAUCCAGACCAGUGGAUGUUUCCAAGUUUGGUGUGAUUUUUGCUGGUGCUCAGAAGAACGUUGGCUCUGCUGGGGUUACGGUGGUGAUUGUACGUGAUGACCUGCUGGGGUUUGCCCUCAGAGAGUGUCCUUCAGUUCUAGAGUACAAAGUGCAGGCUGGAAACAACUCUUUGUACAACACGCCUCCAUGCUUCAGCGUCUACGUCAUGGGGAUGGUCUUAGAGUGGAUUAAGAACAAUGGUGGGGCAGCAGCCAUGGAGAAGCUUAGCUCCAUCAAAUCCCAAAUGAUCUAUAACAUUAUUGACAAUUCUCAAGGAUUCUACGUAUGUCCAGUGGAGCGCCAAAAUAGAAGCAAGAUGAAUAUUCCAUUCCGCAUUGGCAAUGUCAAAGGCGAUGAAGCUUUAGAAAAGCGAUUUCUUGAUAAGGCAGUGGAACUCAACAUGAUCUCCUUGAAAGGGCACAGGUCAGUGGGAGGUAUCCGUGCUUCUCUCUAUAAUGCUGUCACAACUGAAGAUGUUGAGAAGUUGGCUGCCUUCAUGAAAAAUUUUUUGGAGAUGCAUCAGCUAUGAACGUGUCUUAAGUACCUGCACUCUGCUCUUGAACAGCAUGCAGAGUAGAGUAACUUGGAAUUGGCGACAAAAACUUAACACACGGUAUUUUCUAAAUACGUACUUAUGCAGAUUCUUCUUUUUUCAAAGAGUAACAGCUAAACAUCCAGAACUCGGCAGAGCUGAUGAGACGACCAGCUGAUGGCCACCUUAAUUUUGACUUGAACUGGAAGGAUUUAAAAAAAUCUUCCUAUUGCCUUUCUAAUGAAUUCAGCUUAUUUUGUCUUUGCUGCUAUUUGUCUAGGUGGAUACUUGCCUUGGAACUUGUUCUGCCAGCUCCAAUUAGUUAUUUCUAGAGUCACAGGGACCUAGCACAUGGUGGUUGGGAAGGUCCUUAAUUCUGAAUCUAGAUAGCAGUGAGUCUCCCGGGUUCUACAGCUAGUUGGUUAAAGGCAAUAGUGACCCUUGUGAGCAUUUUGAAGUUCAAGCAAAAAGGAAAAUUAUAGAUCUUUAUACUGCUACUCUCCUAAACAGAUGAAAGUGACCUACAAUAUAAAUACUUAUAUAGCAGGCCUGUUUUUAACUCCAUAUGGUUUUUAUCCAUGUGUUUAUAUUUUUAAUGAAACACUACUGUAAAGGCUUUUAGAGUUUGUUAAAUCUGUGACCUUGUACAUUACCACACUGCUAACAACAGUUGUACCCGCCCUCCCCACUUGGAAGCUGCUUCAUGGAAAGGCUCUAGAGGUUACGUAAUUCUCUUUUCUACUCCUUCCUACAGGUAGAAGAAAUGGUUGGUUUGCUCUUUGUUUUUCAGUUAUGUUGUUACACAAAAAAAGUGCAUUUCAUUCCUUGAACUGUGUUUGUGUGAUUGCUUUUAUAAAAUUUGACCAGAGCAAUACUGUAUGAUCCAGAUCUUUGCUAAAGUCCUUGUUCAUCUGUUAGUAUUUUCUGUUGACUCUGUGAAGAACAUUAAAGCCUUAAAACAGCUAAA